AGUUCCAUGCCGGUGGAUAACAGGAACCGCAGUGAAGAAAUGGUGACACGCUGCAUCAUCGAGGUCCUCUCAAAUGCCCUGUCCAAGUCCAAUGCCCCACCUAUCACCCCCGAGUGCCGACAAGUCCUGAAGAAAAGUGGAAAAGAGCUCAGAGACAAAGAGGAAAGUGAAAACGAAAACACAAAGUUUGAAGUAAGAUUGUUAAGAGACCCAGUUGAUGCCUUGGCUGCCCACAAGCCCCCCAGCAGCGAGGAAGCAGGAGCCCCAGGGGAGGAGAACGUCCAGGGCCUGACAUUGGUGGACACAGAGAAAGGGGCAGAGGGAGGCGGGCACAGCCGAGAGGGAGCAGGGGAGCCACAGGGGAGCCUUCACCCCUCUGACGGCCAAGUCUCCGAAGAAACAAAGACACACCCUUCUGAGGAGAGCAACAGGGAAGAAGUGGAGAGAGAGAAGUAUGAGAAAGUGGAGCAUGGGGAAGAGGGCAGUGAUGAGAAACAUCUCGAGGAGCCAGGAGAAACACAGAAUGCUUUUCUCAACAAAAGAAACCAGGCUUUGGCGACGAAAAAAGAGGAAUUAGCGGCCAGAUCUGAUCCACGCUCUACUGGGCAUUCUGAGAAGACACACAGCCGGGAAAAGAGCAGCCAGGAGAGUGGAGAGGAGACAGGGAGUCAGGAAAAUCUCCCCCAAGAGUCCAAGAGCCAACCCCAAAGCCAGGAAGAAUCUGAGGAAAGUGAGGAGGACGUUCCGUCCGAGGUGGCCAAACGACGCACGAGGCCCAGACACCACCAUGGGAGAAGCAGGCCUGACAGGGCUCCUCAAGCAGGGAGUCCUCCCUCCAAGGAAAGGGGACACCCCUUUGAGGAAUCUGAGAAGUCAGGUCUGGGCACUGCCAGUUUAGGGGAAAAGAGGGACCAGCAUUCAAGCCAGUACAAGGCUUCAGAGGAAGAACCUGCAUAUGGGGAGGCAGAGAGAAGUUAUCCAGGUGUCCAGGCCCCAGAGCAACUGGAGGGGGAACGACAUGGGGGCAGAGGGAGUGAAGAGUACAGGGAUCCAAGGCCUCAUGGUGAGGAGAGUUGGGACAAGGAGGACAAGAGAGACCAUCCCAGCUCAGAGCUUGACAAUAUGGCGCACAAAUACAAUGAAGAAAUGGAGGAAGGGCAGGGCCGUGAGGGGGAGAAGGGACGUCCUCACAGAGGCAGGGGUGGGGAGCCAGGUGCCUAUUCCAUGCCUGAAACCAGAGAAGAGAAAAGGUUCUUAGGUGAGGGUUACCGUCGUGCUCAAGAAAGCCAGCUGGACAAGGCCCGGAGGCGCCCACAAGAUGAGUGGAAAGAGCUGGACAGACAUUACCUCAACUACGGUGAGGAAGGGGCCCAAGGGAGAUGGCAGCAGGAAGACCUGCAAGACGCUGAAGAAAACAGGGAGGAAGCCAGGCUUCAAGACAGGCAGUACGCCCCCCGUCACAACGCUGAAAAGAGGAAGCGAUUAGGGGAGCUGCUCAACCCGUACUACGACCCUGUCCAGUGGAAGGGCAGCCAUUUUGAGAGAAAAGACAACCUGGGUGACAAUUUUCUUGAAGAUGAAGAGGAAAAUGGGCAGACCUUGAAUGAGAAAAAUUUCUUCCCGGAAUACAACUACGACUGGUGGGAGAAAAAGCCUUUCUCGGAGGAUGUGAAUUGGGGCUACCAGAAGAGAAACCUUGCCAGGACCCCCAAGCUGGAUCUGAAAAGACAGUACGACCGAGUGGCUGAACUGGACCAGCUCCUUCACUACAGGAAGAAAGCAGCUGAAUUCCCAGAUUUCUAUGAUUCUGAGGAGCCGAUGAACCUACACCAUGAGGCAGAAAAUGAAAAGGACAGGGCUGACCAGAGAGUUCUGACAGAGGAAGAGGAAAAAGAACUUGAGAACUUGGCUGCAAUGGAUUUGGAGCUACAGAAAAUAGCUGAGAAGUUCAGCAAAAGAGGCUAAUGGUUGUUGGAGCAAUGGGCAGUGUUAAGAAGCAGCCCUCACAUCGUGUAUUUUCUAGCACUUCACUGAGAGGCACCAUUUAUUUACCCAAAGGCAGAGAGUAGAACUCAUUAUUCACUAAAUGUUUGACACAAUUGGAAAUGUCUUUAUUUUUUGCCAGAAUGCUAUUGAAAAAAUGAAUAGCACGACUUGUAGUAUAUUCUUUCUUGCAAAAUAGACAUAUUAACAUGCUUGUGACAAUGACUGUGCUACUGUCUUUGAAAAAAAAUGUUUGUCUCAAUUUGAAAUAAUAAAAGAUUCACCUGAGACCAAAA